CUUUUCAUAAAUUGUUGGAAUUCUACCUCGGAGAUUACGGAUGUCAUGGCCGAGAGAGGAAUGGACCGGAAGGUCGAGGAUUUUUUGGAAUUGUGGGGAAACUUCCACAUAGCUCAAUUGAAGAUCAUCGACGACCUCAGAAGAGACGGAGAGAGAAGCAAUAUCAUCAUCUGGAGUUCUCGACUAACCGGAUUGGACACUAUCGAGCGAUAUUUGGACAAGUCGCGAUUCGUCGUGCAAACGUGGGUUGAGUCGACCUCGGAAAUGCCCUUUAAUUUGCUCAAUCUGGGCUACAAGUUGAUCAUAUCCACAAAAAAUGCCUGGUAUCUCGAUCACGGGUUUUGGGGUAGAACCAAGUACCACACAUGGAGGGACGCUUACAACAACCGAUUACCCAGACUGGAUGGAGUCCUCGGGGGCGAGGCGUGCAUAUGGGGCGAGUACAUCGAAGACAACAGCUUUGAUCCGCGAAUCUGGCCGAGAGCUGCUGCAGUUGGCGAGAGACUCUGGUCGGAUCCUUCCAGAAUGACCACUGCAGAUGCAGAACCAAGACUCGAGGCGCACCGAAGAAGACUAGAAGUUCAUGGCAUCCACACAGAAGCCCUGGCUCCAGAAUGGUGUGCACAGAAUGAAGGACAAUGUUUAUGAUAAAUCGGGUUCACUAUACACGGUUGGAGUAGCCAUAAACAUCCGAAAAAAUGGCGGAAGGCUGGUUUUUUCCUUGUCACCCAGUGUUUCUUGGAGCACGAAGGAAAAGUCUCCUUUGCAAAAAUUCUGAACGAUGAGUAGUUUCCGAGAUAUUCAGGAUAGGAAUGGACCAAUCACAAUGUGGCGCCAGAGAACGAGUGGGGGAGGGGGGCGUGGUCGCCCGGAUCUCGCUUGUAAUUGGCUAGUUUUAAUGUUGAAUAUAGAAACGAUUGGGACCAGGAUAUUCCCCCAAAGUCUUCUUAGUUGCAAUUUCGCAAUAAAAUCGUGAUGUAAAUUGAA